CGUCAGUCGGAUUUCAUCCGCGAAAAUGUACACGCUCCGGAUAGUGGACGUAUUCUCGUAGUCUGCUCGCGCUUGAUACACACCAGAUCCUUUUGCACAAAAGCAACAAUACUAGUACAAGCUUGCGAAAAAAAAGUGGGAAAAUAAAAAAAGAAAUCUCAUCAGAACACCUGACCGAGUGCGUAAAUAACGCAAAACAAAAAGGCAGUUAAAGUGUUUGCAAGUUAAUUGGACAGGAUAUAAUUUGCAAAAAGCUAUUUUGGGAGUGAGAAACAUUGCUAAAAGUGAAACAUAAAGAAAGUUCAAAAAGUGUAUUAAAAAAUCAACAAAACGAAUCAAAAGUGAUUAAGAGAGCAUUUAUAACUGAGUGAAAGUCAAGUGUAAGGAUAAAGUGAUUUCAAAGAAAGGAAUACAAAAAGUAAAUCUUCCGAUCGACGACAAAGGGCAAUACUAAAUGAUGAAGUUUGUGGCCACCGAAAUGAUUAAUAUCGUCAGUAUAAUGGAACCGGCUAGUGAGGAGGAGGAGGCGGGAAGUGAGCCAAUGAGUAGUAGUAAUCGUGCCAGUAAACGCACGAUUUCGUCGUCGUCGUCGUCCUCCUCUUCCUCCUCCUCGUCGGCGGGCUUCGACUCCUACUGUGUUUCGUUGGCUGUAGGACCGCUGUGGUGGUCCGAUGUCCCAACACCCAGAACCGACCACGAUAGGGCGUCUCCCUUGAAAGAAUACAAUCGCAAGACAUCUAUAGAUUCGACCACCACCGCUUCGUCUGAGUAUACCGAUCUUGAUUUCACCGAGUCGACCGUAGAUUACAUGAACCAGCAUGAGGCCGCCGUCAUCCAGGAGGUGCUGUCCCAGCCGACGCCCACCCAGGUCACGCUGAAGCUGUUCGUGACCGCGCAGAAGUUCAGCUCCUGGGAGACGAUCUUCAGCCCGCUCGACAACAUGCUGUACGUGAACCUGCCGUCGACGAUGUCGCACGAGGCCUCGAAGCACUCGUUCAUCUCGCUGCUGGAGUUCGCCGAGGAGAAGCUCGAGUGCGACGGCGUCGUCCUGUGCAUCCGCAAGGACCGCCUGGACCGCCCGAACCUGGUGCGCACGUUCUCCUUCGUCGGCUUCCAGCCGGUCAGCCCCAAGUCCCCGCUGACGCCGCCCCACAUCGAGGAGCAGCAGAAGGGCGAGUACCUCUUCAUGGUCUACAACAUCGAGGAAUAAAAGAAAUCAGAAAUCAAAAAUCACUCUCAGACGGAGGCGUGUGGGUGCGUUUCGUCGAUCAAAAUUAAGUCUCCUGCCAGUGGUCUCGCCACUUCCAGAACGUCUCAGUGGCAUUUAAACCUGUUUAGUGACAUGCGGAGAAGAGAGGGGGAGUGCGCGGCCACUGGCCAGAGUAAGGACACGUCGGGACGCCGAGCUUCGAUUGGUGGCAGAUCGUCGCAUCCCAAAUCGGUGCGCCCGAUGAAUCUGUUUUGAUCGCGACGCAUUAGCAAAUGCCAUCCCAAACAACGACUUCAGCGAAUAUUUUCACCGUGUAAUGCAACUACAUAAACUAAGAUCAUCGUGUAAAGUUGAAGAAGUAAGGAAAUGAGAAGAGCUAAGAACAUCUCUCUUUUCACAAAAGAUUACAAUACCAAUAACAGCAUUGAAAACAUACAUACAUACAUACAGAUACAGAUACAGAAAACACUAACAGUACAUAAGCUAUCUUGUAAGUGACAACAACAUAUAAUGCGUAAUCCUAAUAUUCAACGGUCGAACACUUGCGAUUUUCAAUUAUUUCAAGUGAAAUGCUUCUAUCAUCAAAUAAAUUAGAAAAUCAAACAAAAAAAAUUAAAAAUGUUUUAAAAAUCACAGCAAAAAAAUAACAAAAUGUAGAAAAAUCUUUUUUAUAAAAAAUGUAACGUUUUUUACAGAAGAGAACAAAAAAAAAGAAGAUACAAACAUAUUAACUAACUAUCUAUAAUAGAAGAAAUCGAGUAAGGAGGAAUAAAGAACUUUCCCCUGAGCAAAAGCAACAACAACAACAAAUUGAAUUGAACUAGCAAACAGCUAACAAAAAAACAAAAAAGUACUCUAAAGCUGGUAACUUUGAGCUACUACUUCUAAGAAGAGAAAUCUACCAAGUACCGAUUCGGAAUCAUUUUAUUUACUGCAAAGCAAAAGAGCAAACUUAAAAGAAAAGCUGCAGCAAACUUCAACCAACCGUACUUAUUUACCUGUAAUGCGACACCUUCUCAAACUAGCGUUCAGAGAACAUAUUUUUUCCCGAACAAGCUGAAAAAUUUUCAUUGAAAAAAAUAAACCAGCAAUUUAAACAUACAGAACACACACCCACAUAAAGAAAUCAUGAUGUUAUCAAAACAUAACUAAAAAAAAAACAAAAAUCUGGAACGUGGAAAAGAAAAGAUAUUUUUGGGGUUUUAUGAGAGUAUAAACAAAAACAAACUUUCUAUUUAAACUGGGCAAGAUUUUAGGUUUCCUUACCCCACGCAAAAGCAAAGUAAAGAAAAAAAAUAUACGGGGAAAGAUUUUAUUACUAUUACAAGUUUAUAUUUUAUCCUUUGUUACUAUUAUUGUAGAAACUCUUUACAUAGUAAGCAAAUACGAUAAACUUACAGCGACACCCACACAGACUAAAAUAAUACUUUUUUUUUUUGCGCAAGUAACUCACACCUCUUCGCGCGAGCGUGUGCCUCCCGUGGAUUCGGUUGAGGCGCAACGCUUUCGCAAUGGAAGAAGACAGGAGACUUAAAACAUAAACGGUAGUAUAAUAACAGAACUAAAUGUGCAUACUUUUACGUAUUUUAUUAUUAUCAAUUACGAUCAGUGUUUAAAACAAAGAUUGCUACCCAGAAAGUGGAACUAUGAAUAAAGAAUAAUACAACACACUUUUUUUUGAGUUUCGAACACGGGACAAACAAAAAAA